UCUUUUUUCUCAGAAAGCAGCCAGCAAUGCUACAGGUGAAUUGUUUGUACCUGAAGAAGCUGUGUGUGAGAGUCAGGUGUACUUUUGUUCCUGUUCUGCUGCAGUAUCUUCACAGUGGAUAUUGAUGUUGCCCAGGCUGAAAUGGCUUUGGGGUUGGAGCACCACUGCCUGCUGUCAUUCCUGUCCUGUUGCUGCCUGGCACAGGGUGAGCACGUGGAAGCAAGGACAGAUGUGGAAGUGACAUUAAUGCAUUUUUUGGGGGUGGAUGUUGUUGGGCAGGCAGCAGAUAUUCUCAGUGGCAAUGCCGUGGUGUUCCAUUUGUGGCUUUGGGAUGGAUUUGCAGGUGGAACACGAGUCAGGAAGAAGAGGUCUCCAUGGAACUGUAGGAGGCGUGGUCGGUAGUUGUGAUGUCAUUGUGCUUUUGUGACAUUGGAGGAUCACUGUGCUGGGCUGGGAUGGGUUGGAGUUCCCGAAUGCGAGACUCAUCAGUGUUGUUUGGAAUCUUUGGAGCCUCUUUCAUUAGAUGACUCAGCAGCUGUUUCUCUGGCUUUUGUGUCAGAUGGUGGUGGAAGCUGAUGUAGCAGAGGUGUUCUUCGCCGUCUGACUGCCUUGCUAUGCUGUUGCAGGUCCUUGAGAGGACUGGAGGCUGAAGAGUGUGGCCUUGAUUCUAAAGGGAGUGGAAUUUUUAGGUGCGCGGGUAGAAGGUAAGCAGAAAUGUUGUUGGUUAUUCCCUAUCCACAGGGCCAAGUGGUGGGGAAGAGAAAUGAGAACUCUGGCCCAAGGGUGAGUCUGUGGUUUGUGGUGGGGGUGCUGUAGGUAUCUUUAAUAUAUUUUGUUGAAGGAAAAAAAAAUGACCAGAAGUUACAAGGAUGGAAGCAGAAAAUAUGGAUGGCAAUGUCAAGGCACAAAGAAUGAGGAAAGAAAACAAAGAGAAAGGAAGAGAGAGAGAAAGAAGAAAAAGGAAGAAGGACGUAGAAAGAAGAAGAUAAAAAAAAAAAUAAAUAUGGAGUUGAAGGAAUGAGUGUCAACAGAAAAAUGAGUUCUUUUCCCAAAGGACAUUUCCAUUGUUCAUUGUGAGCUCGUUGAAAAUAUUUUGGCCAAGGACAAAAGGAGAAGAGUAGAUAAGGUGGAAUCAGAAGGGAAUGGGGGGAAAAUGGGACAAGGAUAAGUAGGAAAGAAAAGACAGGAAAACAGAACAAGGAAAGAGAAGGGAAAGAUUAAGAACAAAGGGGGAAGAAAGAAAUAGCAAAUGGAAGUAAGAAGAAAAUGUAAAAGAAAGUAAGGAUCUUCUGCAAGUUAAAAUAAAGCCAGAAGGAAAGUAAGGAAGAAAAACACAGGACAGAAAAAUAGAAGCGACAAUACAGGACAACAGCGCACCUACCUCUGCCGAGUGGGUUGGAGUUGGUACCUAGCAGGACUCAAUGAAGGGCACCGAGCUCUGGCGCUGCUGACUCUGAGUUUGAUGAUCAGUGCCGAGGCAGCAGAGACAACUGAAGACCGUCCCAGUGUGGAAAAAGAAGAGUGGAGAAUGGCAAAAGAAGAAAAAGAGAGUAAAGAAUGGGGAACGACAGGAAAGUGACGAAGAUGAAAGCGAAGGAAAAGAAGACGGAGGAGGAAGGAGAAGACUAGAAAGACGAGGGGAAAGGAAGACACAGGCAGGAAACGAAACAUGAUUAAAAAGAGGGAAUUAAAUGAAGAAAGCAAAAUGAAGUGAGAAAGAGGAAGUAAGAAAAAGAAGUGAAAGAUUGUUUGUAAGGAAACAGUGAGUAAUAUGAAAAAUGAAUAAGAAAAUAAAAGGAGAAUAAUGGUAGGAAGAAUAGCCAUAAUGGAGCGGAGGCACAGGCGCUGUGUGUGAGCGUGUGAGGCAGCGGAGCAGCGCACGGUGUCGCUGCAGGCUCAGGAACGGCGUGUGGGCGGCUCCGCCCCGGUGCGGCGGAGAGCCCGGCUGUGAGCGCGGGGGGGCGGCGCGGGCCGGGCAGCAGAGCCGCUGCGUCCGGGCGGCGGCGGGGAGCCGUGCGGGGCCCGUGCCGGGGCCGGCAGGCAGAGCGGCGGCGGCGGCGGCGGCAGGGAUGGGCGAGCGGCGGUGCGCGUUGGUGCGGGUGCUGGUGCUGCAGGCGGCCUGGGCGGUGUCGGGCGGGCAGGUGCGCUACUCGGUGCCGGAGGAAGCGAAGGCCGGGACGGUGCUGGGCCGUCUGGCGCAGGACCUGGGCCUGGAGGCGGGCGAGGCGGAGGCGCGGCGGCUGCGGCUGGUGGCGCAGGGCCGGCGGGCGAGCGUGGAGGUGAGCGGGGCGAGCGGCGCGCUGGUGCUGAGCUCGCGGCUGGACCGGGAGGAGCUGUGCGGCAAGAGCGCGCCGUGCGCGCUGCGCCUGGAGGUGCUGGUGGAGCGGCCGCUGCGCGUGUUCCAUGUGGAGCUGGAGGUCACCGACAUCAACGACAAUGCCCCCGUUUUCCCCGCUGCCCGAAAAAACCUCAGUUUAUCGGAGAACUCCCCUCCUGGGUUCCGUUUCCCUCUGGAGGGCGCAUCGGAUGCGGAUAUCGGAGUGAAUGCUCAGCUCACCUAUACACUCAGUCCCAGCGAGCAUUUCUCUCUGGAUUUGCACCGGAGUGAGGAAUACCGUGAAUCCUUGUUUCUGGUACUCACGAAAUCUUUGGACCGGGAGACGAUUCCCGUUCACCGGUUGGUGCUGACAGCGAGUGAUGGGGGCCGGCCGUCUCUGACAGGGACAAUGGAGCUGCUGAUCUCGGUGCUGGAUGCAAACGACAAUCCGCCCCAGUUCAACCAGUCGGUGUAUAAAGUGCAGUUACUGGAAAACGCUACAGAGGGGACACUUGUAGCGAGGGUGAACGCAACUGAUCCGGAUUUGGGAAGUAAUGGUGAAGUGACAUUUAGUGUGAGCAAUACUUUUCCUGAAAAGGGGAAAAACAUCUUCCAUUUAAAUGCGACGACGGGUGAAUUACAUCUGGCAGGCAGUGUGGAUUAUGAAGACAUUCGUUCAUAUGAGAUACAAAUCGAAGCGACAGAUAAGGGGACGCCCCCACUGUCAGGUCACUGCAAGGUGGUGCUAGAGGUGCUGGAUGUGAACGACAAUGCGCCGGAGGUGUGGGUGACGUCGCUGUCGGUGCCGGUGUCGGAGGACGCGUCGUUGGGGACGGUGGUGGCCCUGCUGAGCGUGUCGGACCGGGACUCGGGGGCGAACGGUCGUGUGCGGUGCUGGGUGUGGCCGGCGUCGCCGUUCGGUCUGGAGGCGACGUUCGCGGGCUCGUACUCGCUGGUGCUGCGCGAGGCGCUGGACCGGGAGCGGGUGUCGGAGUACGAGGUGGAGGUGCGUGCGGAGGACGGCGGGGCGCCGUCGCUGCGCGCCAGCCGCGGGCUGCGGGUGCCGGUGUCGGACGUGAACGACAACGCGCCGGCGUUCGCGCAGGCCGUGUACACGGUGCUGGCGCGGGAGAACAACGCGGCGGGCGCGGAGCUGGCGCGGCUGUGGGCGCGGGACCCGGACGAGGCGGGCAACGGGCGCGUGAGCUACUCGGUGUGGGAGGGCGGCGCGGCGGCGGUGUCGGCGUCGGGGGCGGCGGGCGGCGGGUGGCGGCCGGCGUCGAGCUACGUGUCGGUGGACGCGGAGAGCGGGCGCGUGUGGGCGCUGCAGCCCUUGGACUACGAGGAGCUGCAGGUGCUGCAGUUCGAGGUGCGCGCGGUGGACGCGGGGGAGCCGCCGCUGUGCGGCAACGCCACGGUGCAGCUGUUCGUGCUGGACGAGAACGACAACGCUCCGGCGCUGCUGCCGCCCGCGGGCUCGGCAGCGGAGGCGGGCGGCGUGGCGGGCGAGGCGGCGGAGCUGGGGGCGGCGGGGGCGGGGGCGGUGUCGGGCUCGGGCACGCUGUGGGCGUGGGCGGCGUGGGGGGCGCCGGCGGGGCAGGUGGUGGCGAAGAUCCGCGCCGUGGACGCCGACUCGGGCUACAACGCGUGGCUGCGCUACGAGCUGUGGGAGCCGCGGGGCAAGGGCCCGUUCCGCGUGGGGCUCUACAGCGGCGAGGUGAGCACGGCGCGGGCGCUGGACGAGGCGGACGGCCCUCGCCAGAGGCUGCUGAUCGUCGUGCGCGACCACGGCGAGCCGGCGCGCUCGGCCACGGCCACGCUCAGCGUGUCGCUGGUGGAGGCGGCCGAGGUGGCGCUGGCGGCGGGAUCCUCGUCGUCUUUGUCGUCUUUGUCGUCUUUGUCGUUGUCGCGGGCGGCGGGUGCCGGCGCGGAACUGGGUCCCGGGGCGGCGAGCGCGGCGACGAACGUGUGGCUGGUGGUGGCGAUCUGCGCCGUGUCGAGCCUGUUCCUGCUGGCCGUGGUGCUGUACGGGGCGUCGCGCUGGGCGCCGCGGGCGGCCGUGCUGUCGGGGCCCGGGCCCACGACGCUGGUGUGCGCCAGCGAAGUGGGCAGCUGGUCGUACUCGCAGCGCCACAGCCGCAGCCUGUGCGUGGCGGACGGCGCGGGCAAGAGCGACCUCAUGGUUUUCAGCCCCAACUUCCCUCCGCCGCCGCCGCCUGGCCCCGCGGCCAAGGACACGCAGCCGGAGCCGUCCGCUCUCCUCGACACGGUCAGUUGCCUUCCUUUGCCCAUUUCCAUUUAUUCUCUCCCUAUUCUGCCCCUGCUUGUGUGCUCUGAGCAGUAGCUGGUGGUAUCCUAAUCGAAUUGUCGCGGCCCGAGGGCAGUGGGUGCUUAACGGGUGCUUAACAUUGUCAAAGGACCUUUGCAUCUGCCGCAGUGUUCUUGGCGGAUUCCCC